CUGUUCCUGGCCACCUCCGGGACGGCGAGUCAUGGCCCGCAGCCGGUUCUGACAGACCUCCGGGCCCGGUGGGCAGAAUGGACAGUCGGGGUGUGCCUCCCGGGCCUUAUCGGGCCACCAAAUUGUGGAAUGAAGUUACCACAUCUUUUCGGGCAGGAAUGCCUCUAAGAAAACAUAGGCAACACUUUAAAAAAUAUGGCAAUUGCUUCACAGCAGGUGAAGCGGUGGACUGGCUUUAUGACCUAUUAAGAAGUAAUAGCAAUUUUGGUCCUGAAGUUACAAGGCAACAGACUAUCCAACUGCUGAGAAAAUUCCUUAAGAAUCAUGUAAUCGAAGAUAUCAAAGGCAGAUGGGGAUCAGAAAAUCUUGACGACAACAAUCAGCUGUUCAGAUUUCCUACAACUUCUCCACUUAAAACUCUUCCACGAAGACAUCCAGAAUUGAGAAAAAACAGCAUAGAGAACUUUUCCAAAGACAAAGAUAUUUUUAAAUUACGAAACUUAUCUCGUAGAACUCCGAAAAAGCAUGGAUUACAUUCCUCUCAGGAAAAUGCAGAGAAAGUAAAGUGUGAAAUAAUCAAUGAAGAUCAAGAAAGCUCAGUCGAUAACAGAGAAAUAAGCCAGGAAGAUGUUGAAGAAGUUUGGAGAUAUAUUAUUCUGAUCUACCUACAAACUGUUUUAGGUGUGCCAUCCCUAGAAGAAGUCAUAAACCCCAGACAAGUAAUUCCUCAAUAUAUAAUGUACAACAUGACCAAUACCAGUAAACACGGAGUAGUUCUACUACAAGACAAAUCAGAAGACCUCCCUCACUGGGUAUUAUCUGCCAUGAAGUGCCUAGCAAACUGGCCAAGAAGUAAUGAUACGAAUAACCCAACUUAUGCUGGAUUUGAACGAGAUGUAUUCAGAACAAUUGCAGAUUAUUUUCUAGAUCUCCCUCAACCUCUACUUACCUUUGAAUAUUAUGAAUUAUUUGUGAAUAUUUUGGUUGUUUGUGGCUACGGCACAGUUUCAGAUAGACCCAGUCGGAUACAUAAAAUCCAGGAUGAUCCACAGUCUUCAAAAGUCCUUCACUUAAACAAUUUGAAUUCCUUCAAAUCAACUGAGUGUCUUCUUCUCAGUCUGCUUCAUAAAGACAAAAACAAAGAAGAACCAGAUUCUACUGAGAAACUGCAGAUAAGUGAUCAAGUAUUUCAAGACAGACGUGCUAAGAAAAUGCAACUAGAUAAUUUAAGAAACAGAAGAGCCAAUGCUAAUGGCGUAAUGGGAGGAAGCUGUCAUAAUUUAGUAGGCUUAAAUAGUAUGCAUGCUCUGUCUUCUAACAUCAAACCAAGGUGCUAUUCUUUGGAAGGAAUUGUAGAUAAGCCAGACAGCUCAAGCAAAGAGGUCUCCAGUGUCUUCCAUCAACCUGUUCUGAAUACAGAAGUACAAAAUAAACAAUUUUUAGAGUCUAAGCCCAAACAGAAAUCCUUACUGAAUCUUCAUUCAAAGGAAAGUAUUCAAAAGCCACUCUGUGCUGGUUUUAAGAGAACCUCUACUUUGACGGUUCAAGACCAAGAGGAGUUAUGCAAUGUUAAAUGCAAGUCAAAGCAGCUUUGUAGAUCUCAGAGUUUGCUUUUAAGAAGUAGUACAAGAAAGAAUAGUUACAUCAGUACACAAGUGCCUGAAAUUACCAUGAAACCAAAUCAUAUCAGUCAUCUUGGACAAGGCAGCACAAGUGUACAAACAGCUAUGGAAAGUCAACUGGGAGAAUCUAGUACCACAUUCAGUAAAAGACUUUCAGAAAAUUCUUUUUCUCCAGCUUCUUCUAUGUUGACUGGCACACAAAGUUUGCUGCAGCCUCAUUUAGAGAAGGUUGCCAUCGAUGCUCUACAGUUAUGUUGCUUGUUACUUCCCCCACCAAAUCGUAGAAAGCUUCAACUUUUAAUGCGUAUGAUUUCUCGAAUGAGUCAAAAUGUUGAUAUGCCCAAACUCCAUGAUGCAAUGGGUACAAGAUCACUGAUGAUACAUACUUUUUCCCGGUGUGUGCUAUGCUGUGCAGAAGAAGUGGAUCUUGAUGAGCUUCUUGCUGCAAGAUUAGUUUCUUUCUUAAUGGAUCAUCAUCAGGAAAUUCUUCAAGUACCAUCUUACUUACAGACUGCAGUAGAGAAACAACUUGACUACUUAAGAAAGGGCCAUAUUAAAAUUCCUGGAGAUGGACUGAUUGCUCCUUUGCCAACUUAUUCAUAUUGUAAGCAGAUUAGCACUAAAGAGUUUGAUGAACAAAAAAUUUCUGUCUCUCAAGCUGCAAUUGCAGAGCUUUUAGAGAAUAUUAUUAAAAACAAGAGUUUGCCUCUAAAGGAGAAAAGGAAAAAACUAAAACAGUUUCAGAAGGAAUAUCCCUUGAUAUAUCAGACAAGAUUUCCAACCACAGAGAGUGAAGCAGCACUUUUUGGUGACAAACCUACAAUCAAGCAACCAAUGCUGAUUUUACGAAAACCAAAGUUUCGUAGCCUGAGAUACUAAAUUAAAAAUUAUGUAAUACUUGUGGAACUUUGAUAAAUGAAGCCAUAUCUGAGAUUUCAGCUACUAGAAAGGAAGCGUGUUGUUAAUAAGGUUUUCCUAAAUAAACACACCGUGUAGAGAUGUGUCAAAAUAGCUUAAUAAAUGCAUUUUCAGUGUGAGACUAUUAACAAAACACUGAAUCUCAACCGAGAACAAAUAACCAUGAGAUUAAGUGAUACCAAAUAUUUUAACCAGAAACAAUGUUUUUUAUACAACUAUCUGGAAAAGUUACGAUGAUGUAUGUGAGAAUUUUAUUUACUUGAAUUUUGAAAACUGACACGUUCAUCGAGUUUAAGCUAUAAUUCUAUUUUUUAGAUGAAAAGAACUUACCUGCACAUGUGCCUAUUAGCUAGUUGUUAGGGUUACUUCUUUGUUUCUUAGUGUAAGAAUAUGAAGACUAUUUGAAAACAGUGAAUUCUCAACUGCUAAAGUUGCACUCCUUUGUAUAUUCUUUUUCCAGUUUUGAUCUAUUUAUAUAUGUAUGUGUUUUUAAACUGUGUGUGUGUAUGUGUAUAUUUACAUAUGUCUGUGUAUACAUGUAUGUGCAUGUGUGUGUAUGUAUAUAUAAGAUUAUGAUUUUGCCUUAAACAUUUAUCCCAAUUGGUUCAGUCAUUCAUUUUUUUUCAAUAAAUAUUUUGAAUUCUUACGAUCAUGUGUUUACUAAAAGAUGGAGAUAUAAAUGAAGUAUAAGACAAUCACGUAUUCAUUUAAAAGAUACUUAGUUAGCAAUUGCUAUGUGCCUGUCAUUGCUCCAGAUAUGGGGAGACAGUGAUGAGCAAAACAAAAAAAUCUCUUUCCUUAUAGUAUUUACUUUCUAAUCUCGGGAGAUACACCCUUAAAAUAGCAGUAGAUUUCCUGUAAUCAAAGCAAGCUGACGACUGACUUCUAUGAUUAUGGGACAGUUCUCUAAGCUAGUAGUUUGCAAACUUGGCUGCACAUUAGAAUCAUCUGGGUAGUUUUAAAACAAUCCAUAUGCCCAAGGCCGACCUUAUACCAGUUAAAUCUGAAUUUUGGAAAUGGUAUAUAGGCAUUGAGAAUUAGUGCCCUAAAUACAUUUUAUAACCAUUUAAGUAAAUGUGAAGGAGGAAGCACACUGGCUUUAUUUUACAUUGAAAGAAAAUGUCAAAUAUAAAUCCCUCAUCAUGAUACAAGGUUCUCCAAAUAUAGGCUUUAUUGACCUGGUACAAACUUGAAGCGGACUGUCUUCCAUUGUCUACUCCCAGAUUGUUUAGUAUUCAUUCUUUAAGUGUGAAGAAAUAUGUAAUGCCUGGGAUAUAAUGGACAGUCAGUGUUCAAUGGCCAUUCUGAUUUCUCAGUGUAAUUCCAUACUGUUGAUUUAUAAAAUGGUUAUGUUCCAUUUAGCAUUAAUUUUAUUAAAAAUUUGGACAAAAAAUGAUGACCCUAUCUUUAACCCAGAAGCCCCACCUAUAAAAUUAUUAGACCAAAUUAGAAUUCUUUCCAAGGUAUUUGUAUGUGUAAACUUUUCCUUUUUAAAGGUAUGUGAUAAUAUGAAUUCUGUUGCAAAUUGAGAUAAAAAUUAUUGUGGUAUUGUAACAGUUUAAUUUUGUUUUUGUAUUUAUUGA